AUGGGCUCGUUGUUCCGAAGUGAAGAGAUGUGUUUGGCCCAACUGUUUCUGCAGUCUGGAUCAGCAUACGACUGUAUAACCGAACUGGGAGAAAUUGGUCUGGUGGAAUUCAGAGACCUCAACCCCAGUGUAAACCUAUUCCAACGGAAGUUUGUCACUGAGAUAAAGAAGUGUGAAGAGAUGGAGAGAAUUCUAGGGUAUCUUCUAAGGGAAAUCAAGAGGGCAGACAUCCCACUUCCAGAGGGAGAUGUUAACCCGGUUGCACCCCUGCCAAAGCAUGUUCUGGUUAUAAUGGAACAGUUGCAGAGGCUGGAGGUGGAGUUGAGCGAGGUGACCAGGAAUAAGGAUAAACUACAGAAGAACCUCCUGGAGUUGACUGAGUACACACACAUGCUGCGCAUCACACGCAACUUUGUGCACCGCAGUGCUGAGGGUGAGCCCCUGCAAGUUCAGUAUGAGGAGUUCCCCUUCCUGGAGAAGGACUCAAUGAUGGACUACACCAGCAUGCAGCGUCUUGGGGCCAAACUAGGGUUUAUAUCAGGGCUGAUUCAGUGGGUGAAGAUAGAGGCCUUUGAACGCAUGUUGUGGCGGGUGUGUAAAGGCUACACCAUCCUCAGCUACUCUGAGAUUGACGAGUACUUGGAGGACCCUGACACGGGCGAGCCAACUAAGAGUGUGGUGUUCCUUAUUUCCUACUGGGGCGAGCAGAUCGGACAGAAAGUCAAGAAGAUCUGUGACUGCUAUCACUGUCACUUGUAUCCAUACCCUAACACCAAUGAUGAGAGGAACGAUGUUGUGGAGGGACUCCGGACUCGCAUCCAAGACCUGCACACUGUACUCCACCGGACAGAGGACUACCUGAGACAGGUGCUGAACAAAGCCUCUGAGUCUGUCUACACGUGGGUCAUCCAAGUCAAAAAGAUGAAAGCCAUCUACCACAUCCUCAACCUCUGUAGCUUUGACGUCACCAACAAGUGUCUGAUAGCUGAGGUGUGGUGCCCUGUCAACAGCCUGCCCACCCUGCGGAGGGCGCUAGAGGAAGGCUCUAAGAAAAGUGGAGCCACAGUGCCCUCUUUUGUCAACCGUAUUCCCAGCAGUGACACUCCACCUACCCUGAUAAGGACCAACAAGUUCACCUCAGGCUUCCAGAACAUAGUGGAGGCCUAUGGAGUGGGCAACUAUAGAGAGGUUAACCCAGCUCCUUACACAAUCAUCACCUUCCCGUUCCUGUUUGCUGUGAUGUUUGGAGACCUGGGUCAUGGUGUAAUAAUGGCUCUGUUUGCUCUCUGGAUGGUGCUUUAUGAGGACAAUCGCAAACUGAAACAAAGCAGGGAUGAGAUCUGGAACACAUUCUUUGAGGGCCGUUACAUCAUCCUGAUGAUGGGCUUGUUCUCAGUCUACACUGGCCUCAUCUACAACGACUGCUUCUCCAAGUCUCUCAACAUCUUCGGCUCUGGCUGGAGUGUCAAAGCCAUGUUUACAUCCGGAAACUGGACCUGGGACUCCACACUCCGCACUAAUGCCUUUCUGACCCUUGAUCCCAACGUCCCUGGGGUUUUCAACGGACCCUACCCUUUGGGUAUUGACCCGAUUUGGAACUUGGCUUCAAAUCGUCUGACCUUCUUGAACUCCUACAAGAUGAAGAUGUCUGUGAUUGUGGGCAUCAUUCACAUGAGCUUUGGGGUCAUCCUGGGUGUCUUCAACCACUUGCACUUUAGAAAGAAGUUCAACCUCUACCUGGUAUUCCUCCCGGAGCUGCUGUUCCUGCUGUGCCUUUUUGGCUACCUGGUCUUCAUGAUCAUCUACAAGUGGCUGGCCUUCUCUGCCCGUGACUCCCAGAUGGCCCCCAGCAUCCUCAUCCACUUCAUCAAUAUGUUCCUAAUGCAGGGGGACGGGGUGCCGCCCCUCUUUCCAGGACAGGUUGGGCUGCAGGUGUUCCUGGUGGUGGUUGCUCUACUCUCAGUGCCUGUCUUACUGCUGGGGAAACCAGUCUACCUCUACUGGCUGCACAACGGAGGAGCGAGCCGGAUGGGGAUGUACAGGGGUUAUGAACGGGUGCGGCGCCACAGUGAGGAGGAGAUCUCCCUGAUGAGGGCUAACGACAUGGAGGAGGGCAGCGACCACAGUGACCUCUCCACCAGCAGAGAGCACCAGACAGAGAAAGAGGAGUUUGACUUUGCAGACGUGUUCCUACACCAGUCCAUUCACACCAUAGAGUACUGCCUGGGCUGCAUCUCCAACACAGCCUCUUACCUGCGCCUCUGGGCUCUGAGUCUGGCACAUGCCCAGCUGUCGGAGGUGCUGUGGUCCAUGGUGAUGCGGGUGGGCCUGCGGAUGGAUACCACCCUGGGCAUCUUGUUUCUGGUACCAGUGUUUGGAAUAUUUGCUGUACUCACUGUGUUCAUCCUCCUGGUUAUGGAGGGACUGUCGGCCUUCCUUCAUGCUCUUAGGCUGCACUGGGUGGAAUUCCAAAAUAAGUUCUACAGUGGAACUGGAAUAAAGUUUGUUCCCUUUGCCUUCUCACUGUUGCCGUCCAGUUUUGAACAUGAUGGCUUGCUGUGAAUGGGACUGAGUGCUCCUGAUUCCUGGAAGUGUAAACUGCCACAAUGUGCCAGCAGUGAUACUCAGUGAUACUGAGCUAGCCUGGUUCCCAGUCUGUUUGUACCAUCAUGCCAAACAUGACAAGAAGUGGUGAGGCGUAAACAGAUUUGUAUCCAGGCAACUAAUGAGCCUCAUUAUGUUCAAUUUCAUAUAUUUGUUUCUACUAUUUGUUGCACUAACUGCCUUACAUGAAUACAACCAAAUCUCAGUUUAUCAUGCUCUAUUUUCAAUUUUAUGAUAUUCUGGGUUAACAAAUCUUGGCAAAGAAAAGGCUCCUUUAGUCUUGUUCAUGAAUGAGUUAUUUCUGAAUGAAUGCUGUAGACUUCAAUUUAUAGAGUGAAUUUUGAGAGAUUAACCUUUGAAUGACUUUGAUAGGCUUUAAACCACAGUGGUUAAUUUCAUCUGGAUUCUAUUCAUACUGUGCUAUGCUGAAUGCUGACAGAAUGUCCUCACAUGUUGCCUAUGCCUCAAUCGCUUUGUUUGAACCUACACCUAAAACAGCACUUUCCAUGGAUGGAGAUAAAACCAUAGCUCAAUAAUGCUUUCAUCAAGGUAAUUCUGCUGGUUUAGAGCCAUUUGAAGAGAAACAGCAGUGGAUUAAGAAUAAAGCCGGUACUGGACUAGGGCAGAUAUCUCUCAGAGAUCAAUUUAGAGCUUUUCCUAUAUUCCCAUCCUGUAGCAUUAGCAUACUUUAGUUAAUGAUGAAAUAACAUUUUACACUUUAGCGAUGGGGGUAUUGUUUUUGUAUUGGAUUCGUUUUUUAAUAUUGGAUUUGGUAAAUAAUGAUUGUAUUAGGCCUUCUGAAGAAGAGCAAAUUGAUUUGUGAUUACCAUGUAACACUGAACUUUAUCAUUACGGGGAAUCCUGGACGAUUUAAUUAACUGACUUGCUGUCCUAUCAAACAAUAAUGUAUCUUAAUGAUCCUUAAUAAAGAUGCCCAUAAAGCAGGAUUCAAUGGAAAAUACUGCUGUAAAGUUGAGACUUGGUCAUUUCAAAUUAGGGGCUACAUUCUACAACCAUUAGACCACUAAUAAUCUGAGAUCACACCUAGGGCUAACCUUUCGUCAUUUACUGUAUAAUUAUUUUAUUACACAGUGUGCGAUUUGUUGAAGGGUUGCUAGAAAUGUUGCUGUUCUGAAGCAGUUUGUAUCUGAAUCUUAUUUAUUUUAAAUAAUGUAACUGUUCGAUAUUUGUUUUUAUAAAACUCCACAUUUAGUGGUAUACAGUCCUUUUGCUUUGCUGAAUAAUGUUCCAUUUCAUGGUGAACAUGUAACUGUAAACAAAAUGUGACCGGUGAAUAAAGAUGAUCAUUUUGAUUGAAAAUGUAAA